AUGUACCUUACAGGUGCUGAGUCCACAGCUGCCCCGCCUACAGCCUAUGAGAACCUACUUCCCACGUCACUGGUGACAUCAGUGGCCCGUAACCCACCUGCUUCUACACCUCCAGGAGGCUGGGCCCCCAUGCGGCUGGUGGGUGGCCGCGGUAGCUGUGCUGGCCAGGUGGAGCUUUUCCACCAGGGAGUCUGGGGGACCGUGUGGGACGACCUCUGGGACCUGCCGGAAGCAAACACCGUCUGCAGGCAGCUGGGGUGCGGCUGGGCCGCGUCGGCCCUGGGCGAGGCCCACUUUGGAGAAGGUUCUGGGAAGAUCGUCCUUGACAGCGUGCACUGCAGCGGGGAGGAACAGCACCUGGAGGAGUGCUCCCAUGUCGGCUGCUUUGCCCAUAACUGUGGGCCCAGGGGAGAUGCCGGCGUGAUCUGUUCAGGUCGCCCUUUGGAUGCCAUGGCGGGGAUGGUGGCUACAGACCCUCAUGUCGAUCUGCUCUGCCUCUCUCCCAGCAAGCGAGAACCCUUCCACUUUAGAAAGAGUGAGGAGAGAGAUUGCCUGCUGUCCAUGGGCAAAUUCUGCGCCUCAGUAGCUGUGAUGUUUUUCUCCUCCUCCGACAUCGUGACUGUGGUGUUCCGAAGUGAUUUUGUGAUCACCAACAGUGGCUUUUAUGCUCUGUUCAAUGCAAUUCCGCAGGGCGAAAGAGUCAGUGGUGGCCUGGGCCAGGGAGAGUCGGGGUCAGGGGUGCUCCUUGCUGUGUUUGGGGGCCAGGCGAGAGGAAGUCACUUUUGUGGAGGAGUCAUUUCAAGUCUGUUGGGCUCCUUCUCCAGUCCUUGGUAUCCAACAAACUACCCCAGUGACAUGGAGUGUGUCUAGGUGAUACACCUGGCUGAGAAGUUCCACGUAGAGCUGACAAUCCCCAGCCUGAAAUUAGAGGACAUCUGUGGGUGCCCUUACGACUUCAUCGAAGUGUUCGAUGGACAGCAGGUUGCCUCGCUCUCCAUGGGCAGAUUCUGUGCUGGGGCAGGGCUCACGUUCCGCUCCUCAUCAAACAUCCUGACCGCAGUGUUCAGAAGUGAUGCCAUGAUCACCAACACAGGGUUCCUUGCCCUGUACAAUGCCAUUCAGCAGGACGAAAGGGAGAGUGAUGCGGCCCUGAGACUGGGGGACGGCAGUCACAGGUGUGAGGGCCGGGUGGAGGUCCUCUACAAUGGCACCUGGCGCACCGUGUGUGACGACAGCUGGGACCUGACGGACGCCAGGGUCGUGUGCCGGCAGCUCGGCUGUGGCGAGGCCUUGUCAGCCCCGGCUCAGAGCUACUUUGGUGGAGGCAGUGGCCACAUCAUGCUGGACGAUGUGCAGCGCACAGGGAAUGAAGCCAGGCUGUGGCAGUGCACGCACAACAGCUGCUUCUCCCACAGCUGCAGACACCCAGCUGGCGUCAUCUGCUCAGAUAGUUCGGGCUCUUUCUCCAGCCCUUGGUAUCCUAAAAAAUACCCCACACAUGUGGUGUGUGCCUGGGACAUACAAGUGGAUAGCAGGGCUCAUGUCAAACUUACCUUCAAAGUGAUGAAAUUGGAAAACUUCUACGGCUGUCCAUACGACUUCAUCGAAAUCUUUGAUGGCCCACAAAGCGAAUCUUUUUCGCUCGGGAGGUACUGCUCCGGCCCAACCCCAAUAUUUACCUCCUCUGCAAAUCACCUGACGGUGGUCUUCCACAGCGACGCCAUCGUCACCAGCGUCGGCUUUUCUGCAUCCUACGAGUCCCUCGUGCAAGACGAGAACAAUACCACAGAUGUGGCGCUCAGGCUGGCCAACGGCAGCCAGCGGUGUGAGGGCCGCGUGGAGCUGCACUUCAACGGCAGCUGGGGGACCAUGUGUGACGAUAGCGAUAGCUGGGACCUGCAGGAUGCCGAGGUGGUGUGCAGGCAGCUGGCCUGCAGCGGGGCAGGGUCUGCCCCCAGCAGGGCGAGAUUCGGCCGAGGCCUGGGCCUCAUCACCCCGGAUGACGUGGACUGCGUGGGGACCGAAGCCAGGCUGUGGCAGUGUCUGCACGGCGGCUGGUUCUCCCACAACUGUGGCCACCACGAGGAUGCUGGCAUCGUCUGCUCAGCUCAGAAAAACCCCAGCAUUACUGUGGGAGAAAAUGGCCCUGCCGGAAGUGCCUUCCUCCGCAGCCUCAGGCCGCACAAAGGGCUGCUGCUGGAGGGGCCUGAUGAUGUCCAGGUUCACCUAGAAAAUCUGUGGCUGGAAAGUCUGGGCCUGCGGCUGGCAGACGGGUCGAGCCGGUGUGAGGGCCGAGUGGAGAUCUACCACGCCGACACCUGGGGUACUGUGUGUGAUGACAGCUGGUCCAUCGAGGAUGCCCACGUGGUCUACAGACAGCUUGGCUGUGGUCCGGCCAUGUCUGCCCUCCCGGGGGCCAGCUUCAGCCCCGGGGCCGGCAGCAUCCCGGACAAUGUCAACUGCAUGGGCAGCGAGUCCUCACUGGGGCAGUGCCCUCACAGCGGCUGGUUCACCCACAACUGCAGGCACCACAAAGACGCUGGCGUCACCUGCUCAAACCGGCCCCUGCCCCUGGCGGGCGGGCGCAGCAGCUUCGAGGGCCGGGUCGAGGUCUGGCACCAGGGCGUGUGGGGCACAGUGUGCGACGACCACUGGAACAUCAAGAACGCCCGCAUCGUGUGCCGCGUCCUGGGCUGCGGGCGCGCGCUGGGCGCCCUGGGGCGCGGCCGAUUCGGCCCGGGCUCAGGGCCCAACCUGCUGGACGACGUAUGCUAUGCGGGCACCGAGGAUGAGCUGGGGCGCAGCGCUCACGCGGGCUGGGCACGGCACGGCUGCCAGCACUGGGAGGACGCAGGCGUGGUCUGCGCAGCCCAGCUCUCCUGCUUGCCUCACCUUUUCCAAGUCAUCAUUGACCAAGGCUACCUCCGGAGGCUGGGCUACUCCUCCUGGGACAUCCAUUUAAAUGAUGAGCUGGGUCGCCCCCAAGUCACAGGGUGCUACCUGAUCUUCAACAUUCCCUAUGGCCGCUGUGGCACCGUCCAAGAGGUGCCUCAGCUCAAGUUCACCUGCAAGGUGGACGGCCCGUUAGCAGUUGAAAUUGUCCCUGGGGCUGACAUCCCAAGGGAGAAUGCCAGCUACAAUGUGUCCAUAUCAUUUCUCGAGUUGCCCACAUCCCAGCACGUGGGGAGCAUGCGGCCGCCCUACACCAGCCAGAGGAAAGAGGUCUUCCUCCAGGUCACACUCCAUAGCCCCAAUCCCUGCCUGCGGCUCUUUGUGGAUACCUGUGUGGCUUCUCCAGAUCCUGGUGAUUUUACAACUGUCAAGUACGAUUUGAUCCGACAAGGGUGCAUCAAAGACAAUACUUACGUCAACCUCCGCUCCCGACAGAAGAACAUAGCCCAGUUCAAGUUCAACGUCUUCAGUUUUCUCACCAGCUAUGAUGUGAUCUAUCUGCAGUGUAAAGUUGCCAUGUGCAAAGUGGGGGACCACGCCUCCCGCUGCUCCCAGGGCUGUGCAGGGCAGAGUAAGAGGGGCACAGGCCCCAUGGAGGCCACAGUAGAGCACACUGAGUAUUUCCAAAUGGUGGGGCCACUGGAGAUCCACAAAGGAACUGAUCGAAGAAAGACCCUUGUGUGA